AUGACUGUCAAUCUGAACCCAAGAUCACUGCUGCCAACUUGGAUUCUCACUUGCAUUUAUCUUCAACUGUUCCUAUUUAAUCCUUUCGUCAAAACUGAAGGGGUCUGCGGGAAUCGUGUGACUAAUAAUGUAAAAGACGUCACUAAAUUGGUGGCAAAUCUUCCGAAAGACUAUAUGAUAACCCUCAAAUAUGUCCCCGGGAUGGAUGUUUUGCCAAGUCAUUGCUGGAUAAGCGAGAUGGUAGUACAGUUGUCAAGCAGCUUGACUGAUCUUCUGGACAAGUUUUCAAAUAUUUCUGAAGGCUUGAGUAAUUAUUCUAUCAUAGACAAACUUGUGAACAUAGUGGAUGACCUUGUGGAGUGCGUGAAAGAAAACUCAUCUAAGGAUCUAAAAAAACCAUUCAAGAGCCCAGAACCCAGGCUCUUUACUCCUGAAGAAUUCUUUAGAAUUUUUAAUAGAUCUAUUGAUGCCUUCAAGGACUUUGCAGUGGCAUCUGAAACUACUGAUUGUGUGGCUUCUUCAACAUUAAGUCCUGAGAAAGAUUCCAGAGUCAGUGUCACAAAACCAUUUAUGUUACCCUCUGUUGCAGCCAGCUCCCUUAGGAAUGACAGCAGUAGCAGUAAUAGAAAGGCCAAAAAUCCCCCUGGAGACACUGGCCUACACUGGGCAGCCAUGGCAUUGCCAGCAUUCUUUUCUCUUAUAAUUGGCUUUGCUUUUGGAGCCUUAUACUGGAAGAAGAGACAACCAAGUCUUACAAGGACAGUUGAAAAUAUACAAAUUAAUGAAGAGGAUAAUGAGAUAAGUAUGUUGCAAGAGAAAGAGAGAGAAUUUCAAGAAGUGUAAUGGCUUGUAUCAACACUGUUACUUUCGUACAUUGGCUGGUAACAGUUCAUGUUUGCUUCAUAAAUGAAGCAGCUUUAAACAAAUUCAUAUUCUGUCUGGAGUGACAGACCACAUCUUUAUCCGUUCUUGCUACCCAUGACUUUAUAUGGAUGAUUCAGAAAUUGGAACAGAAUGUUUUACUGUGAAACUGGCACUGAAUUAAUCAUCUAUAAAGAAGAACUUGCAUGGAGCAGGACUCUAUUUUAAGGACCUGCAGGACUUGGGUCUCAUUUAGAACUUGCAGCUGAUGUUGGAAGAAAAGCACGUGUCUCAGACUGCAUGCACCAUUUGCAUGGCUCCAGAAAUGUCUAAAUGCUGAAAAAACACCUAGCUUUAUUCUUCAGCUACAAACUGCAGCCUGUAGUUAUCCUGGUCUCUGCAAGUAGAUUUCAGCCUGGAUAGUAGCAGUAACAAUUUUUCUCAAAGGGAUCUGGGAAAAAAAGUGUAAAACUCAGUAACAUCAGCCACUGUACAGUGUAGAAAGCAGUGGGAGCUGUGAUUGGAGUUGGCAACAUGUCAGUUUAUAGUUGCUGAUUAGUUAUAUGGGUCUGAUUUUGAUCUCUUCUUGAUGUAAACCAUGCUCACCCAUAUCCCACCAAACACAUGUAAACAGUUGCCUGGUUCCAUCCAUGCAGGGAGCCAGUACUGAAUUAUGCAUUGGCAGAGGGGAGACUCUCCAAAAGAGUCAUUGCAGGAAGAAGUUAAGAACACUGAACAGCAGAACAAUCUGCUGAGGAGGACACUGGCACCCCUGGAAAGGUCUGCCUUUUCCCUUGACCACUAUAGAGUGUAUAAAUUGUGUUUGCAAAAUAUGUUAUGACAUGUUUAUAUUCUACAACUAUUACAGAGCUAUGUAAAGGGACUUAGGAGAAAAUGCUGAAUGUAAGAUGGUCCCAUUUUCAAUUUCCACCCUGGGAGAGAAUAAAAAUAAAUUAUGAUAUUUAGUAUCUAAGGUUAGAAAACCACGCCCACGUGUUAAUAUGGGUGUUGAAAACUAGGUUACUUGGAAUGCAAGGAAUCAGGAAACUUUAGUUAUUUAUAGCAUAAUCACCAUUAUCUGUUUUAAGGAUCCAUUUAUUUAAAAUCAGGCACUCUAUAUUCAUUAAGGUUUAUGAAUUAAAAAUUAAAAGAAAGCUUUAUGUAGUUAUGCAUGUCAGUGUGCUAUUUAAAAUGUGUGACAGUGUUUGUCAUAUUAAGAGUGAAUUUGGCAGGAAUUCCCAAGAUGGACAUUGUGCUUUUAAACUAGAACUUGUAAGACAUUAUGUGACUAUCCCUUGCCAAUUUUUUUAUAGUCAAGAAAACAUCUGACUAAAGUCAAACAAUGAUUUCUUAUGGUUUACUUUGAUGAAGGUCCUUUUAGCAUGUCUUGAACGUACACAUAAAGGAAUCCAAAGCUUUCCAUUCUAACUUAACCUUUGUGAUAACAUUAUUGCCAUGUUCUACAACCAUAAGAUGACAGUUCUACAACCAUAAGAUGACAGUUUUCAAUGUAGUGAUACAAAAGGGCAUGAAAAACUAAUUGCUAGCUUUCCUUUCGUUUCAAAAAUCCAAGAAUUUCUAAUAUAUUUGGAUUUUAGCUUAUGUUCAAAGCUAAUCCAGAUACAACUCCAGUAAGUGGCCUUUGCUCUUUUCUGUACCAAAGAGCCCAGAUGAUUCCUACAGUCCCUUUCUUCUCUAACAUGCUGUGGUUCCUUAAAUACGGAUAAUUUCUCUAAGAUAUAACCCAGGUGCUUUGAGAAACUUUGUUACGGUGUUCAGGCCCUCAGAUAUCCCAUGGUACACUUGAUUAGUAAUAAAACCAAACAUCAAUUUAAUUGCUGAUAGGUCAUGUCUCAGUGUGUGGCAUUGAACUGUUUUCAGGAAAACAGAUAUACAUUAAUAUGAGUUAUGUGUAUAGGUUGUGUGUAGAUUGAGAAUAGUAGAUACUUCUCAAUCUAGUAGUUUGAUUUAUUUAACCAAUGGUUUCAGUUUGCUUGAGCAUAUGAAAAUGCUGCUUAAUGUGCUUGAGAGUAUAAUAAAUGUACCUUUGUCCUCAAACCUAGUAGCUGGGUUUUAACACUCAAGGACAUGGUCUUAAUCAAUAGAGUUAAAUAAAUUCAGCAAAUUAUUAAAUCUGACACGGUAGGAGAGGGGAGAUGUGUUCUGCCUAUUAAACGUAUUGGUCCAUUGAAAGUUACAUGGAUUGCCAAUUUUUAAAACACUAAAGUUUAAUAAAAUGCAUGAACAAUAGAAAAAUGAUGAACAUUAUUUUGGAUGCUAGCUGCUUGGACAUUAACUGUGUCAUUUCUGCUUUGAGAUAAAAUAUAUAUUUAUCUUUGCUUAUUUUAUCCCAGAUGUGUUCUGAAUAUCCUUCUUCAUAAAUCAUGGAAAACUCACCGCUGAGAUAGUAAACCAUGAAAUCGCCUUUUCAGUUGGUGCCAUGUUUCUAAUAGUUCCAUCUUAUAAUGUUUCAAAAUUACCUUUUAAAAUGAUCUUAGAAGCCUGUAGAUUCUUAACGAUACUGAAAGCUUUGCACCUCCUUGGUAGAAACCAAGUCUAUUUAAAAAAUGGCUUUAUGAUAAAUGGUGCCUGCCCAGUGAUAAUGAAGUGUUCCUGGAUUUUGUAUUGUAAUUUAAUGUGCUUACCACACUGCCACAUUUUAAUGAGUCAGAGACAAAUUGAUUUUUUUCAAUACAAUAAUAGUACAAGUAGCCUAUUCUCUUAAAAAGUAUGUGAAAAA